UACUCCGUAAAAUACUUCCACUAAUAAUAAUAAUAAUAAUGAUACUGUUCUUGCACUACUAUUACUUAUUAGUAUAUUGACCCUUCCUCACCUGACUGCUCUAUUAUUCUUUUUUUUUUCCCUCCCCAAUACCGCUCUCUUCUCUUCGACUCCUGCCUGACUUCAAUCCCAAGGCAACAAGUUUCAACAGACAACACAGCAUGCCUCAACCCCUCUCACCUAGGUACAGCAUGCCCCAUGGGACUCGAGCUCCUGGAGAUGGCAUCACCGGGGGAUAUACAGGCGAUAGCCUGGCGUUGAAAAUCACCAUUGCGACUCUGGCGGGGAUCACCUGGUACAAUGCCAUCGAGCUCGUCAUCCUCGUCUUCGUCACCUUUAGCAAGUAUCAUGGCACCUACUUCUGGAGCUUGCUCAUCUCCUCGUCCAUUGGGCUCCUCCCCUACUCGGUCGGCUUCCUCCUCAAAUUCUUUCAGUUGACCGACCAGACCUGGCUGUCCGUCACCUUCAUCACCAUCGGCUGGUGGUGCAUGGUCACCGGCCAGUCCAUCGUCCUUUACUCGCGCCUGCACCUGGUCCUGCGCAACCCUCGCAUCCUGCGCCGCGUCCUCACCAUGAUCCUCGUCGAUGCCGUCAUCUUCCACCUCCCCACCACUGUGCUGACCUACGGCUCCAACAUGGCCGGCCCAGUCGACGCCCCGGCCUACAUCCACGGCUACAACGUGAUGGAAAAGAUCCAGAUGACCGGCUUCUGUAUACAGGAAUUCAUCAUCUCCGCCCUCUACAUCUGGGAAACCAUCCGCAUGCUGCGCCUCGACCCGGACCGCGGCAAGCGCAAGAUCAUGUACCAGCUCGUCGCCAUCAACCUCAUCAUCAUCCUCAUGGACCUCGGCCUGCUCGUCGUCGAGUACAUGAACAAGUACAUCAUGGAGACCAUGCUCAAGGGCGUCAUCUACAGCAUCAAGCUCAAGCUCGAGUUCGCCGUCCUCGGCAAACUCGUCUACCUCGUCCACAACCACGUCUGGAAAUCCGACCCCAUCGGCGUCGGCCUACUCCCACCCCGAGUACCACUACCCGACUUCGUCGACGCAACACGCGUCACAUCCGACCUCACCCACGCUAUCCCCCCGGCAUCCGCCUCCGCAAACGCUCGCCGCCGCUCCCACCCCUGGAUGGACUCGGACGACAUCUCCAUCGCCAUGUUCGAGCACUCGGAGAACCUAUCCCCCUCGAUUCCCGACCAGGGAACCGGUCACUCGGAGAUCUCGCAGUCCUGGAGCGGCGAGACCCAGCGCGACGUGAGUCCGCUUGAUUUCACCGGUUCGCUGCAUAAACAGCGCAAUAGUAUAGGUGGGUCGGCGCCGGCGCCCGAUAAACCGGGUUGAACUUGACCUCUAUUGAGCCUCGACGCCUUCAAACAAACGAAUAAUGAGUCACGAGUCACACGUCAUUCAUAUCAUAUCAUAUCGUCUACGGUAUUCAUCUCAACUACCUUAUUCUAAGGUAGUUGAUUGUAUCGGAUGAUACGGAGGAAUUCAACAGUUCAUGAAUACUUGAUGUUCUCCACAAUUACAGGGUCUGUUCCAUGGUUCCUGGACACCACGUCAUCCCGACCCUGGAACCAAAACCAUAGCCAUCCACCCCUGAAAUACAGGCCCACAGUCCACAGUCCACAGUGACACUGACGUAGCCGGAUUAUGCUAGCUGAAAGCAGCUUCUGGCAUAUACUCCAUGUACAUGACAUACUGGAUAUAAUAUUACUUGAUCUAAGUCAUACAGAAUUUACAACAGUCA